AUGUCGUUCUUCAAAGCGCCAUCGUGGGCAAGGUCGCAAACCGUCAAGGCUGAAGAUCAUAGUGAGAGGAACAUCUUCAGCCAUUCCGACAACUUUCUAGACGUGCAAAAAGAACGACUCGAGCGCGAAGAGAAGCGCAAAGUAAGAGAAAGGGAGAAAGAAGAAAGGCGCAAAGCGAAACAAGAAGAGAAACAACGUCGCAGCAGCUCUGAGAAGCGGAAGAUCAAAGAAGAAGACCGCAAAGGCAGUCUGAAGAAGCGACGCAUCACCGCGGAAGACAGUGCGAGACUGCUGGCGGGUGCUGGGCUAGGAGGCUCCAUCACAAUCUCGGACUCGGAAGACGAUGCACAACAACAGCUGCAGAUGCGCCGAUCACCGCGGACAGCACGCACGAAAGAUGUCUUCAGCCCUGCGAAGCCGAGGAGUAGGAAUCUCGCGCCCGUCCAUACCAACGACGCAUCUGAGGAUGAAGUCGAGAUCACCGCAGUACCUCUGCGCCCAGCACGCGCGCAACCAGAACCAAAACCAGAACCAGAGGAGGAAGUUGAUUCGGAUCCUGAGAUUGCAGAGAUACAGCGCAAAGCACGAGCGAAGGCAAGGCUGAAAGAGCAAGCAAAGGCAGCGAAAUCAGCGACAGCUCAAGUUUCUGGGUCACUAGGCAACGAUGAAGCUGGUGACGGCAGUCCUUCAUCAACACCCCCACUUCACGACGCGACAAUUGAGCUACUGAUCGAGUCGCCAAUACCUGGAACAGCUCCGCUUAUAGCAUUUCGGAAGCUCUCCCAGUCACUACGCAUCGUCAGGAAACGGUACUGCGAGAAGCAAGGUUUCUCGGAAGAGUUCAGCAAGAAGGUGUGCCUGACACACAACGGCCGCAGAUACUAUGACAGUUCGACUGUGCAGCGUUUGGGUAUCAGUGCGGAUGCCAGUGGUAGGGUGUACCUGGAGAAUGAUCCUUCCUUUGACGGUGUGGAGAAAGUUGUGAUCACUGCCAUGACUGAAGACAUGUUCAAGCAGCUCAAACACGAAAGGGAACGCCAGGCCCUCGUCGAAGCUGGCGAGUACAUCGGCGAGCAAGAAGGCGCAAAGCCUAGCGCCGAGGAGGAAGAUGCACCAGCACCACGUCGUGCCAUCAAUCUGAUCGUCAAAGCCAAGAACAAAAAGGACUGGAAAGUGCAAGCCUUCAAUGACAUCGCCUUCCAGAAAAUCAUCAAACACGCAAAAAAAGCCUUUGGCUUCGCGCCCGACCAAGAAGUCUCCCUCGAAUUCGACGGCGAAUUACUCAACCCGGACGAUCUUGUGGGCAGUACCGACCUGGACGAUAUGGACCAGCUCGAGAUGCUCCUGGUGAAGUGA